UGUGGACGAGAAAUGGUAUGUUAAAGACUAUCCGAUUUAUUACUUAUAUAAGUAAUCAAAUAUAUAUUAGUAAAUGCUGCUAUUUGAUAACUACCAGUGAUUUUCAACACCGACACUGAAUGGACUAUUCUUUACAAAAAAUAAAAAAUAAAAACGGGUAUAUAGUUUUUUCUUUCUUAAUUUUUUUCACGUUUCUUAGUCUAGCACCAGUUGUCCUAAAACACUCCAACCAACAUCAGCCUCAAGGAGUCGCUGGUGACCGUGACAUUGAAAGCACACAUCUCAUUUACAACUCUCCACCUUCCCUGCUGCAUAAUCACAAAGGUAGAGCGUAAUGCAAACUCAUACUGAAUUAUAGAGACAAUAGACAAAACGAGGAGUCUGGAUCGGCAAAGGACCCGUUUAUAUGCCGUAAGAAUAGCCUGUCAUUUCACCGUCGAUGAGAAUGAUACCGCGUAAACGCCACGAAGCAAUGAGUCUUGUAUCUGGAGGACCAUCUGCCUGGAUCAGGGCGCUGCCGCCGCUGCUGCUUUGUUUAUCAGGCCUGUCUCACGGUCAGAUUACGUACUCCAUCAUGGAGGAGGUGAAAAAGGGAACCGUGGUUGGAAAUAUAGCCAAAGACCUCAACAUUGACGUUCAGGAGCUGCAGUCACGAGCGUUUCAGGUUGUAGCUGGAUCCAACAAGAAGUAUUUUGAUUUAAAUAAGAAAACUGGAGCUCUGUUUGUCCACGAGAGAAUCGACAGAGAGGGGCUGUGCGAGCGCAAGCAGAAAUGCUCCCUCAACAUUGAGCUAAUGGCACAAAAUCCUAUUAAACUUUAUCGCGUUGAGGUAAGCAUUACAGACGUUAACGACAACUCGCCGUUUUUUCCAAUACAAACGCUAGUGAAGAACAUCACAGAAAACGUUGUAGCUGGAGAUCGGUUUACUCUGUCAGCAGCCCGUGACCUGGAUGUCGGUUUAAACAGUGUAAAAAGCUACACUCUGAGCACAAAUGAACAUUUUUCUCUGGAUGUCCAAACAUACGGACAGCAGAGUCUUUCCCCCGAAUUAGUGGUGCAAAAACCUUUAGACAGAGAGAAGCAAUCAGUAAUUAAUCUGAUACUGACUGCUGUGGACGGGGGAAAGCCUCCCAAAUCCGGAACACUUGAUAUAACAAUUUAUGUUUUAGAUAUAAAUGAUAAUAAUCCCAUAUUCAGCAAACCACUGUAUAAAGUUAAGAUAGAAGAAAAUGCGCCUUUCGGAACAAAGAUUUUGACUGUCACUGCCACCGACUCUGAUGAAGGAAUAAAUGGAGAAAUUAAUUAUUCCCUUGUAGAUCAAAACGAAAAUUCAGCAUCGGAUUUAUUUUUUAUAAACAUAGUGACAGGAGAGAUCACAAUUAAAGGAAAUAUUGAUUAUGAAGAAACUCCCGCGAUAGAGUUAAGAGUACAAGCGCAAGACAAAAGCGUCUCCCCAAAACAUACUAACUGUAAAGUAUUAAUUGAAGUAGUGGAUGUGAAUGACAAUGCACCAGAGAUAUCAGUUACUCUGCUCAUGAGCUCCGUAAGUGAGGACAUCAAACCUGGCACAGAUGUUGCAUUAAUCACUGUAUCAGAUAAAGACAGUGGAACGAACGGUAAAGUAAACUGUAAAAUUCUAUCACCGAGUCCCUUUAAAUUACAGCUUUCAUAUAAAAACUCUUACGCUCUUGCUGUGAAUGAAGCUCUGGACAGAGAGCGGGUCUCACAAUAUAAUGUCACAGUUGUAGCUAAUGAUGGGGGAACUCCUUCCCUCUCCAGCAGUAACAUUAUAACAGUUCAUGUGUCUGAUGUGAAUGAUAACGCGCCUUUAUUUCCUGCUCCGGUGAUAAAUAUUAGCUUGAAAGAGAAUAGUCCAGUUGGAGGGCUGUUGACGUCACUAACGGCACGAGACUUAGACGUCGGUGAAAACGCUCUUGUUUCGUAUUCAUUAAGUGAUACAGAGAGCAGCAGAGUGUCAAAUCUAAUGAACAUUAACUCACACACCGGUGAACUGUACAGCCUGAAGUCAUUCGAUUACGAAGAAACGAAACGACUUCAGUUUAAAGUUCUAGCCACUGACUCUGGUCUCCAUCCAUUAAGCAGUAACGUGACAAUAAAUGUUUUUAUCCUGGAUGAGAAUGACAACAGUCCAGUUUUUCUCCCUCCUUAUUCUGAACUCGGAUCAGUAAACACUGAGAACAUUCCCUACUCUGCAGAAGCGGGGUAUUUUGUGUCUAAAGUCAGAGCUGUAGAUGCUGAUUCAGGUUAUAAUGCUCUAUUAUCAUAUCAAAUAACCGAAUCAAAAGGAACGAAUCUCUUCCGAAUCGGAACCAGCACAGGAGAAAUAAGGACUAAAAGACGAAUGAGUGACAACGACUUAAAAACUCACCCGCUUAUCAUUACUGUCUCGGAUAACGGAGAACCUUCACUGUCCACAACUAUGACUAUUGAAAUUGUGGUUGUGGAAAAUAUGGACAGCCUGCAGCCUUCACUAAGACAAGUGCCAGUAAAGGAGAAUUUUUCUAAUCUGAAUCUCUAUCUGCUCAUCGCUAUUGUCUCAGUGUCCGUGAUAUUUUUACUGAGCCUCGUCGCUUUAAUAGCAGCGAAAUGCUACGGGACAGACGGCGGUUUCAGCAGGUCCAGCGCUCCAGUGGUCACUACACACCCUGACGGGAGCUGGUCUUACUCGAAAUCCACUCAGCAGUAUGAUGUGUGUUUUAGUUCAGACACACUGAAGAGUGACGUAGUGGUUUUCCCCUCGCCGUUUCCGCCUGCAGACGCAGAGCUGAUCAGCAUUAAUGGAGGAGACACUUUUACUCGAAAUCAAACUCUUCCCAGCACUGGGAAGGUAAGAUGAUGUUUAAUUCUGAUUAUUUCUAUUUUUGAGAGCUUAUAGUUAUUUUUUUAAAAUCUCUGUUCCAUGUCCUCUUGCGUGCCAUGAAAUACUUUUGUGCUUAAAGUACACAAACAUUUGCAACAGUCGUGUGAACAGCAGGCGUUAGGCGGUAAAAAAAAACCUUGCAUGUCAGGUCACUCCAUUGCAGUGAAGUAAAAAGCUUCACAUAACAAAUUUAAGUUUAGAGUUCCCAUUUCCAUGUCAAAUAUUUCAUUUUACUAUUAAACUAAACAGUUUAAAUAAAUUUUAACGGUCAUCGUCAAGGUUCAGAUU